GAACCAAGCUGAAGAAGUUAUAUAUAUAGGUGAAGAGUUAUAUAUAUAAAGAUUAUAACUAUGCCAAGAUCAAUGGAUCCUCUUGUUAUUGGAGGUGUUGUUGGAGAUGUUUUGGAGCCAUUCAGAAGUUGUGUGUCUCUGAGGAUAAUCUUUAACAAUUGCUCAGAAGUUAUCAACUGUUGUGAGCUGAAACCCUCACAAGUGAUGAACCAACCAAGAGUUGAAAUUGGUGGAGAUGAUCUCAGAACCCUUUACACUCUGGUGAUGGUGGAUCCUGAUGCACCUAGUCCAGGAAAUCCAAAUCAGAGGGAAUAUCUGCAUUGGUUAGUUGCCAAUAUUCCAGGAACUACAGGAACAAACUACGGUGAAGAGGUUGUGGGGUACGAAGGUCCACGACCAGUGAUGGGGAUUCAUCGUAUUGUUUUCAUACUUUUUCGUCAACUGGGUAGACAAACUGUGUACGCUCCAGGAUGGCGCCAAAAUUUCAACACCAGAGAUUUUAGUGAGCUUUAUAAUCUUGGAUCACCCGUUGCAGCAACCUUCUUCAACUGCAAACGACAACUUGAUUCUAUUCGAAGGAGAUAAUUCCAACACAACACUCAAAUAUUAAGGUUUCACUAUAUAUGAUAGUUUCUUUUUUCCAAAAAUUAUCAUAUCAUCUUAGGUUUCGAGAAAAUAGUUCAAGAUUAAUAACUCGAAAUCACAAGUAUAUAUGUGCAAUAAACGUUACUAUGUAUGGAUGCAUAUCUAUUCAAAACAAUCCCAUUUUCAAUUAUAUGUUUUGAAAUGUUGGGUUGUUAUUGUAAUAAGGUAAACAAGAUGUAUCCUGCAAACUAGUAAUAUCAGAUAUUAUACUAA